CCGCUGCUCAAAACGGAAGACUUGUGGUGUGGGAGCUGGGCGCAAGCUCAAAACACAUAGGAGGAGACAAAAAUGGGCUGACAAAUCAUACAAGUAGAGCCAUCUUGGAAAUGAAUGGAAUAAACCAUUUGCAGGUUCUUCCCAUGCCAAGGGAAUCGUUCUUGAGAAGAUCGGAAUUUGAAGCUAAGCAGCCCAACUCUGCUAUCGGUAAGUGUGCGAGAGUUCAAUUGAUUAAGAACGGAAAGAAGAUAGCAGCAUUCGUCCCCAAUGAUGGUUGCCUUAACUACAUUGAGGAAAAUGAUGAAGUUUUGAUUGCUGGAUUUGGCCGUAAAGGUCAUGUCGUUGGAGAUAUUCCUGGAGUCAGGUUUAGGGUCAUGCAAAAAACAGCCUUGCAUGUAGAUGUAUACUCCUAUACAGUUACAUAAUGCAUCUUUUUGGGGACUAUACCAUUGGACGGAGCAAGGCAUGUGAAAAUCUAAGUGGGGCUGAUCUUGCCGCUUUGGAUUUUCUUAAAUGCAAUGAAUCUCGCUUGCAACAAUUGCCUUGCCAAAUCUAUGAUCCUAUUCCGUUGGGGGAGGGUGCUGGUGUCGGGUGGAUGAAAGGGGUUGAUUCCAUGGCAAUGCCUGAAGGUUCUACAUUGUUUUACCUGAUUCAAACAGGGCUUGCUUACACACGUGCUGCAGUUGGAGUAGUAGUUUGUUUGAGGCAGGAGUUAUCAUCGGUGAAAGAUGUUCCUGUCCUUAUUGCAAUUGACCAGUAUAAUAGCUGGUAUACAUUCAGUGGGUAUGAGGAACCAGUAACACCUCGUUCUUGCCGUUCAAUCCAUGCAAGGGAAAUCUCAACAUUACAUGUAAUGCAAUCCCAAGAUAGGAGAUAAAAAUGACUGUUGUCUCCUAGAAGCCUAAGGUGCCUUUUAUGAUGGAACAGAAUUGCAGUAACCCAAUUCAGUGAAGCAGAAAUGACCAAACUGGCACUAGCCACCCCAAAUUUGUAACAUGGAGCUAUUCUCCAAACAUACUGCAGAAAAAUUAGAGAAUGGGUCAACUACAACCAUGGUCAGCUAACUUAAUCUACGGUGCAUCUUCACAAGAAAAUUUUCAAGGAUAGCAAUAGAAACAAAAAUUCGAAAGGCAUAAAAGAAAGGGUUGUACCUCUGGGCCAGUUGGAGGUGAGAUAAGGUAUUUUGAGUUAAACCUGGAUUUGGGUGUUGUGAAUUUUCAAAAUAAAAGGAUUGUUUUCUCUUGGUUGUGUCUUCAGUUGACUCCUGGUUGUCUCAUGGUGCCUUUUAGUGACUAGUUAGUCUUUUAGUGAAUAAUGUGGUGGAAAGUUAAAACCAAAUCAAGAGACGCUAUGAAAGGACAUGUAAUUAUGGGUGUGUAAUUGAGACUGUUUUUGUAAAAUCAAAUACACUCGAUUUUUGGCUUUUGUUUUUCA